GACACCAGAGUCUCAUGUACGGCGCUGGUCAACAGGCGGUUUGUCGUGAGGCAACAGUCCGUCAACCUCGUCUGUUCAUCAUCAUUUGCAUGGCGGCAAGCGCAAGGCGGUAACCGUGAAUGAAUUUGUCGGACAUGUUGAAUGAGUAAGUAAGUAAAAAUCUGUUGAUGCUGCGCUUCUUAUCCUGUUCACGAUACCUUACGCGUGACUUCGAAAUGGGAACACGCUUAGUUCCGAUGAUAUCAUUCCCAACUAAAACGGAGAAAGCAUGGGGCAAGUUUAAUCCGUAGUUGCUAGGGUUUCCACUCGCCGCACAUGCGUAUUCACUUCCUGCAACUGGCAGCCGCUCGCCGAGCACGCUGCAUUAUAUACGCCACUCAAAAUAGCUACUACCAUAUAUGGUAAAGUAGGCGUUCUCGACGUCCAGUGAUUGGUCAAUAUAACUAACAGUCCGCCUUCUCUAUUCAAACCGCCAGUGUGAUCACCAAAAAGCGCUGCACGAAAUUCAAGCGGAUAGACGAUGUCGUACGCACUGAUUCCCGGCAGCAGCAUGUUCGACGAGCUACAAUCCGUGCACGACAGCGGAUUCUUCUUCGACAUGCCGUCACUGGAGUCAGAAUGGCACGAGACAUGUUUAGAACUCGACCGCUAUCUGAAUCAAGUCCCUGCCGUCUCGCAGGCUCAGGAAAAUGCGAGUCUGGAGAUGAAGCGGCAUACGUGUAGUCUGCAGCGUCAGGCCACGCCCACUCUGUCUUGGUACACGCAGCAGCAGCAGCAGCUUGUGCAGUCUAUGACACGGAAAUCGAGUUACAACGUAGCUCCUGUUAUUACAGCAACGAAUCAUAGUCCGUUGGAUGACUUAUUGGCUCAAAUCGAGGCAUGCCAGAUGGAACUUCCGGUUGCACAUCCGGGUUAUACGAGUGCUGACAUCGGGGAUCACGAGGCUCCACACACACCCGGACUCGAUGAUCUACUCGACAUGACAAUGCCUACAUUUGAUUUCCUUCCAUUCGAUUCGUGCGAAGCAAAUCAGAACAAAUUAAUGGCACCAGAGUGUGGUGAUAUCAUGUGCCAUGCAGUCAUCACAACCACCCUCGACUCAUCCGAGAACACAUUCCCUACUCCUCCCCAUUCACCCGACUCACUAUCCUCUGCCUCUUCAAACACAGCCCAGUCUCCUCCCACCAAGAAAAAGAAGUCACAGAGCACAAGGUCACGUGAGGGGCGGGGCCGGAGGUUGCACCGUUGCACGCAUCCCGGAUGUAGUAAGGUCUACACGAAGAGCUCGCACUUGAAGGCCCACCAGAGGACGCACACGGGAGAGAAACCGUAUCACUGUACGUGGGAGGGAUGCACGUGGUGCUUUGCAAGAUCGGACGAAUUGACACGCCACUACAGGAAACACACGGGAGUGAAACCGUUCAGUUGCCAGUAUUGCGAUCGCUCGUUUUCGCGGUCCGACCAUUUGGCAUUACACUCAAAGAGACAUAUGAACUAACUCAAAGACUCAUUUUUUAAAAUGAUAUAUUGCAGUAUAUGAUAUUUGUACGUGUCGGAUGGCAAUGGAGUUGAAUCUAUAGACAGUUAGUGAGUAUGCUGCUGUCAAACAGCAUUGUUUAUAUUGUAUUGUGGCUAACUUGACGAUAGCAGUUAGUGCUAGCAUUUGUGGACAUUUUAUAGUCGUAGUGUGGCUAACUUGACGAUAGCGGUGAGAGCAGUAGCGUUAA